CUGUCAUAUCAAUGUUUGUGUUUUGUAUGUGUUAUCAUUUCACCGUCGCGGCGCUGAUAUACCCAUCGUUAUCUUAACGUCGUCGUUGCUCGUAAAUAAUUAUUGUCAUGUCAUGUUUUUAGUAUUAAUGUUACUAGUGUUACAAAGUUUCAUAUUUUUCAUCCAGGUGUAAUUGUUUUAUUAUAACUAAAAGUCUCUUAAUGUUAUGUAGUACCAGGUUUUAUAUUAUUCAGAUUUUUUGGAGAACGUGAAUUUCAUUUCUUUUAGUUAUUGUUGGUCAGUAUCAUACUUGUAUAAGCUCAUCUCAACACCAGUGUUGUGAGCCAAAAAUGCCUUUUGUUUAAGUUAUACCUAUGUUUGACAGUGUGCGCCUAGGUGGUUGGCUCGGUAGUCACGCGAUUAAGGGAUCUUUUUAGAUAUUAUUGUACAAAUGUGUAAACGGUAUAAAGCGGUUGUGCAGGUGUAAAACUACUACAACUAAUGGAUAACAAUUUCAAAAGGGAAUUAAGAAGUUUGUGUCAAAAAGACCCGUUCCUUUGAAAAAAACGAUCAGGAACAUAUGCGAUAUUCUUAUGAGCAAGACAAUGGAUGUUAUUAUACUCUUUUUCAAUAUUCCUUCUUCGUCAUCACCUGUAUUUGUCAUAGAUUGGUAUUGGUGUCCAUUAUUAUUGCGUAAGUCCGCCAACAUUCGCCGUGGUGUGUGAGAUACCUCCAAGGCCUACAAUUGUAAUAGAUCAUCAUCCAUCAACGCCGUUAUAUUUAAAAUCAGUGUGAUAAAUGUGACAAAAUGGCGGUCGCUCGUGUGGAUAGUUGGAUUCGUCUCGGUAAAAGAGAACUGGGUAGAAGACCAGCCCCCACCCACCGCGUUGAGUGCCGUAGUGGUUGUGCCGCCUAAAACAUGUCCGCCGUCGCCACAGCCGCCGCCGGUAACUCCACCACCACUCCACCGCUCAUGCACAUCGCGAGUUGCUGGCAUACCUAUUUAAUUUGUCAUGAACAGCAUUGUUCAUUAUUGUUGACGGUGUAGUCGAUGUACAGAACACGAAAUUACACAUCAGAAAUGGCUGUAAACAAAGGAAUUGCCCCUGAACCUACCAUUAAUCUUAAAGUUCAUGGACCAAAUAAUUAUUUUGUCCAAUUCAAGAUGAAGAUACAUACUCCUAUGAAAAAGCUCAUGAAAGCUUAUUGUGAAGGAGCUGCUUCAGAUAUAGCAACAUUAAGAUUCCAAUUUGACGGACAAUCAUUUUCUGGCCAAGAUACUCCAUUUUCUUUAGAACUGGAAGAUGGUGAUGUUAUUGAAGUCUUUCAACACCGGGCUGGCGUCGAUGGAAUUUGGAACAAGCCGAGUACAUCAAGGGAAGAAGAAACAACACCUUACAAAAUAUCUGAAAAGAAAAUAAUUCAAAAAGAUGUUACAAAAAUGAAUAUUACAGCAACUAGCAAAACACCUUUAGUCGGUGUUAUUCGUCCAACAAAUGCUACCAAUAGUGUAUAUGAUAAAGAAGAGACUGGUCCCCUGAAUGGUUCAUUAGAUAAUGCUGGAGUUGCCUUUUUGCCUGAAGAAUCAGAAAUGCCCGUCGAUUCAAAUGAACAAACAUACUGUUUAUGCAAACAAGUUUCUUAUGGUAAAAUGAUAGCCUGCGAUAAUUCAUGUUGUCCAAUUGAAUGGUUCCAUUUUGGAUGUGUUAAUGUAACUACCGAGCCCAAAGGAAAAUGGUUCUGUCCGAAAUGUAAAACAAACAAAAUGAUUAAAUAACUCAUUUUAAAAAUGAAUAACUUUUUAAUUUUAUACAUACAUAUAAAAAUAAUAUACCGUUUAUAGUACCGUAAUAUUAUUAUUGUCAUUAAAUAACAUACAUAUUUGAGAAUACAAUUUAAA